CGCCAUUUUGCUUAAUAUUCGCGUCUGUAAGGAGUGAGACUGUUUUCUUUGUAGACUGAUCUAACAAUACAUUAUUAUCAAUAAAUAUCUCACUGAAAAAGUGUAGAUAUGAUCAUAUUUAUACUAAAUUUAAAGAUGAUUUAAUUUUCAUUUAAAAAUAAUAUGUAAGAUUGUAAUAAACACCCAUGCGAUUUUACCACACAUUGUAGAUAUUUGUAUUGUUAUAUUGAAAUAUAAAUACACACACCAGUGUUAACAUGAUGUAUACGGGUACGAACACCGAUCAGGACAACCGGUUCAGUGACAAGGAGAAAAAGCUUCUAAAGCAGAUGAAAUUCCACCCCUGUCUGAGUCAGCAGGUGGAUAUGACGAAGGUACAGUUGGACGUUAUCAAGCCUUGGAUUUCCGAUAAACUAACUGAAAUGCUUAAAAUGGAUGAUGAUGUUGUGGUUAAUUUCGUCUAUAAUCAAUUGGAAGUUAAGUUUCCAGAUCCUAAGAAGAUGCAGAUCAACUUGACUGGAUUCUUACAAAGCAAAAAUUCAAUGGAAUUUAUGACGGAACUAUGGCAACUUCUAAUAUCAGCCCAGGAAAACCCCAAAGGAAUUCCAUUUUCAUUCAUCAAUCUAAAAAGAGAAGAAUUAGCCAUAAAAAAGGAAAAAGAAGAUAAAGAACGGGAGCAGCGAGAAAAAUCAGACAAGGAACGUAAGUAUCGGGAUCGAGAUAGAUCCCGAUCCAGACGUUCCAGGUCUAGAUCUAGGAACCGGAAGUCGUCUAGAGACCGCUCAAGCCGAAACAAAAAAUCUAAAAGCAGGGAUCGAAAUUCCAGAAGCCGGGACAGAAAAUCCAGGAGCAGGGAUAGAAAAUCGAGAAGCGUAGACAAAAAAUCCAGGAGUCGGGAUAGGAAAUCCGGCAGCCGAGAUAGAAAUUCACAUAGCAGGGAUAGAAAGUCAAGAAGUAGGAGCAGGGAUAAGAAAUCAGCGAGCAGAUCGAGGGAUAGGGUAAGCAAAUCUAGGAGCAGGGAGAGGGAUCGAACCAGAAGUAGAUCGGCAUCAAAACCAAAGGAAGACGUUCCCAGAAAUGGUGAUGUUAGUCCAAAAGCUGCAGUUAAUGGUGGGAGAGAAGAUUCUGAAACAGAAAAGCAGUCUAGUAAUUCAGCACCAGCGCUGCCAGUGUCCAAGCUUCAAGCGAAGUUGAUGUCUCUGGCAGAGAACAAGAAGGUCUCGAGAUCACGUUCCCGUACUAGGUCCCAUACCCGUUCGAAAUCACGAGGGCCUCGAUCAAAAUCCAGGUCCAAAUCUCGAUCAUCGAGCCGUUCUUUCAAAGGAAGGAGAUCAGCUUCAAAGGAGGCGAAGGUCAAAAGGAGAUCGAGAUCGUCUUCUGGCUCGAAGGAGAAUUUCGAAAUUCGUAAGAAAGAAGACAGCGUUCAGAAAAAGCGACAUUAUAGAUCUAAUAAGGACAGUUCUGACAGCGAGGCAGACGUGAAAAGAAAAAGGUCGAGGUCGAAAUCAGCUAGACGUAAAGACAGUCCGAGAAAGAAGAGGAGUACAUCUAGGAGGCGUUCUGAUAGCAGGCGGAGAAGUGCAUCGAGAAGACGAAGCCCAUCCAGGGGUAGGAGAAGCCCUAGCAGAGAUAGGAGACGACGUAGCAUGUCGAGGCGUCAAAGUCCGAGGAGAGGGCCUGGACCUAGAGGAAGCUACGGCCGCAGAAGUAGGAGUCGUAGGAGAGGAAAUAGCAGACAGAGACGCAGCAGUCCCAGACGACGUUCUAGAAGCCAUAGUAGAAAUAGGUUUCGCCGUAGCAGAAGCCGCAAUAGGAAUUCCUAUAGGAGACCCUCUCCCUCUCGUGAUAGAAGGAUGUCGAGAGAGCGUGAUCGUCGAUCGAGAUCCAGGAGACGUUCUCGAGAAAGGGGCAGCGCAAGGAGACGCUCACCACCACGAGACAGAUCACGUCCCAGGAGACCUAGCCCUAGUCCACAGAAGAGAGACGAUCGAAGAGACAAUCGAAACCAACGGCCAAGGAAGGAUGAUCGUCAUCCCGAGCCACCUCCGAAGAAAGUCGAGGAAGCCAGGCGAAGGAUAGAAGAGGAGAUUAAUCGUCACGAGAAGAAAGAAAGAGAAGAAGGCGAGCGGAAGAAGAAGGCCGAAGCUGCAGCAGCCGAGGAAAAAUCAAGAAAGGAGAAGGAACGAGAGAAGGAAAAGAAGAAAUCUAGAAGUAUCAGUCCCGAGGAGAGUUACCCGAUACCGCCACAUGGUCCUCCGAGGUAUUCUAGGAGUUUGUCGAGAACUCCGUCGCCAUUCAUCAAGGCCCACGAGUUUCCUCCAAAGCCCUCUAAGGCGACGAGCGUGAAGGAUGAUAAGAAGAAAGCCAGCAAGGAGAAGCCGGAAGUUAAACCGAAGAAGGUUACCAAGAAGCCACCCAAGAGUGAGUCAGAGUCCUCCAGCGAGUCCGAAAGUGACGAAGAUACCAGAAAAGACAAGCGCAAAGUCCGAACGAAGAAGAAGCCAAAGAAACGGGACUCCAGCAGCAGUGAGAGCGAGGACGAGAGAUCUUCGAGAGAAGUAGAAGUAAAAAAGAAGAAAGAGAAGAAGAAGAGGGACAGCAGCGAAGAGAAGUCUUCAAAGAAGCGCCACCAAAGUUCCGAUUCAGAAGAGGAUAAGAAGAAAAAGAAGCGGCGAUCAAAGAGUUCAGAAAAAUCAAAGAAAUCCAAGAGGGAUACCAGCGAGAGCGACGUGCCCGCCAAGAAGAAGAAGCGACAAGACAGCUCUGAUGAGUCCGAAAAGGAAAAGUCUAGGAAACACAAGAAGGAGAAGGAUAGUUCAUCCGAGAGCGACGACGAUUCAUCAAAGAAGAGAAAACACAAGAAAAAAGCUACGAAAUCUGUCAGUGACUCCGACGACGAACAAGAGGUUAAGAAGAAGAAGAGGGAUAAGAAGCACAAAAAGAAGAGGAAGCAUACCAAGAAACACAAGAAGCAUAAGAAGAAGAAGCAGGACAGCGAUGACUCGGACAAUAGCGAAUCUGAAGUGGUAAAUGAGGACGAGAAAAAGCUUAGAGAGAAAGCUUUGAAGUCCAUGAAGAGGCAAAAUUCUAGCGAUAAGUCUGAGUAAGUUUCAUUGAAUCUAGCGUAAAAUAUGAAGUAUUUCAUUCACCUUUAAAUUUCUUAUCAGUAUAUGAUACUAAAACUGAUUUUAAUGACAUGAUGUUACUUUAGUCUAUAAUAACAAUAAAUAGUUGUGUAUGUG